CUUUUCUUUUUCUUAUUUCCCGUUUCAAAACUCUUGCGAUUCCUAUAUUCGCCCCAGAAAAAAAAGACAAGUACACAACACUCAUUAUUUAAAGCAACAUGGAUUCACCAGCGUCCAAUGAAGAACCAGUACCUUCACUGAAUGGGUCACCUACAAGUAGCAUUGCCGAUGAGGAUCUACUCGAGUUUGAACAUGACCUUGACAUGAUUGACGGAUGGACAACAGCCGACUUUGUGUCAGAAAACGACUUUGACAUGAUUGACAUGCUCUCUGCGGCACUGGAACAAGUGACACACCAACUGAACGAAAAGCAGCGCGAGUUUCGGGCACGGUCGAGCGAGUGGACCAAUAAGACCAAGGAUAAGCUACGGAUGCAGACAUCUCGUCUUGAACAACGACGGACAAAGAUCCAAAGCAGGCUGAUGAAACAGUACGACUCUAUCAAUGAACGCAUGAAUCGCGACGCCAAGACGGUGCGUUUGCGAGACAAGAUUUCGUUUGUCGUCGGUGUGGGCAACGCGUGCGUGUCGCCUGCAUUGGCGGCUCGGCUGCCGACGUGGAUCCCGCUGUACUACACGAUCCAGUCGGUUUAUCUGUUGUCGCUACGUUACCUCAUUUACAAGGUCCGAAAAUGGCACUAUUUCAUCUUUGAUCUGUGCUAUUUCGUCAAUGCCAUGACGUUACUCUUCCUCUGGUGCUUUCCUUCGUCCACUCCGCUUUUCAUCGCCACCUAUUGCUUGACGAACGGACCGGUGGCCUGGGCCAUUAUCACAUGGCGCAACUCACUUGUGUUUCAUUCGCUCGAUAAGGUCACCUCCGUGUUUAUCCACAUCUUUCCUGCACUCGUCACAUACACAAUCCGAUGGCUACCGGAGCUGGAUUGCGGCAACGCGGCACCAGAAAUCUAUCGCGACAUGCGAUUCCCAGCACUCAAGGACGCCAGUGACAUGAGCUUUCGGGACACCAUGGUCUAUUCCAUGGUUGGUUACUCGAUUUGGCAGGCGCUGUACUUUGUGUUUAUCAUGGUGCGCAGACGAGAAAAGGUUGAGUCGGGCCUGCGGGUGACCUCGUACUCGUGGCUCCUGGAUGACUCGCACGGACAGCGUGGCUUGAUCCAAAAGGCUUCGUUUAUCUUUGGCGCCAGAUACAAGAUGUACAUGUUCAUGUUCCUCCAGUUUCUCUAUAAUACCGUGACAACCAUACCCACGUACUUUUUGUACAAGAGCUUCUGGCUGCAUACCCUGUUCCUCAUGGCCAUGUUCACUGCGAGCAUCUUUAAUGGUGCGAGCUUUUAUAUCGAAGUCUUUUCCAGACGCUAUGUCGUCGAGGUCGAGAAGCUGGUUGAACGGACAAAUGGAUCGCCCGACAAGGCCAAAACUACGUAAUUCUUGAUUAUUUAUGCCGCGCAACGGGAUCUGAAUCGGUCGAAGCAAAUUGGCGGAUGGGCAACGGUGACGACGAUUGUUAGACAGUUCUAUAUCACACACAUAUCCUAUGUCAUAUGUCAUAUUGAGGUCAGAACGUUAUUACGUUAGACGGGCUCUUUCAAUCUUUUCUUAAUCUGUACUUUUUUAUUGUCAAUGUAUUCUUCUCUGCAAUCAAACGAAGAUCAAGUAAUGUGUAUAUCUUGGAUGCUCAGAGUCUCAGAGAAAGCCGGGGCUGUAAAGAGAGCGGUAUUAAAAACCUAGGCAACCCAUUUUAGCAUUAAAUUGAU